AUGUCUCGGUCCACAACGGGGUCGACGCGUCCACCAUACUUCGAUCACAUACUUGCGACUCCUGAGACCAACGUUGACAUCGUCGCCGUCCCACCCAUCGGUGCGCAUCAUAAGAAAUCGUGGACGGCGCAAGGCUCGCGAUCACCAUGGCUAGGAAGUGAAUUCUUGGGUUAUAUGCCGAGAGCGCGAGUGCUGCUGUAUAACCAUGGCGAGCUACGAGAGCACGACAAAAUCGAGGCUCUGGGACAGCGACUGCUGAAUACUCUUUUGACUGAACGUAAAAGUUACAGCCCCAGCCGGCCCAUCUUUUUUAUCUGCCAUAGUACAGGCGGCCUCGUGGCAAAGGCUUGCCUGGCUUUAGCUUCACGGGCCGAGCCGAACCAAGCUAUCCUCACCAGCUGCCAUGGAAUCGCCUUCUUCGCAACUCCCCAUCAAGGAUCGAGCUAUCUCUCGGCUAACGAAUAUGCUCCGAGUAUUCGCCGACUUCUACACCUCGAAUGGGAUCUCCCCUUGUCUCUGAGGGAGCAGUUUCGCCCACGAUCCGCUCGACUAUGGCACCUUUCCAACAUGUUCAAAGCCCUGUCUGCUGAUAUGAAGGUUUGGUCUUUCCUCGAGACGGUUGAUUCUACGCUACGCGUUCAAGACCCGGAAACCUCCAAGUACAUGGAGUUGCAUGCUCCGAUCACAUCGAUUCGUUCGGGUUUGUUAAGCAUUGAACAUGAGACCGAGAUCCCUAUGGCAACUGACCACGCGGGGACUGCUAAAUUUCAAGGCCAGGACUCUGCUCGCAUCACGUUUCUCUACGAACUGAAUGAAGCGGUAACUGGAGCAGUGAGACUAUCCAAGGAACCAGAUACACCUCUACGCGUUGAACGGGAAGUCAUCGUUCAAGUGAACGGCUUCUUCGAGGAUACGGCACUUGGGGUUAGCGAUGAAACUCCACUCAAGAUGUGGUCAGCACGGGUCUCUCUGGAGGACUAUCUUGCGCGUGGUCCAUCGGCAUGUCUUCGAGAACGUUUGAAGCGUAUUCAGCCUGGUGGUUUUGAUGACUCCUCCAUCAGUAGCUUUGACAGCCGUCACUCAUUUCCGCAUAUUGUUCCCGGUCCGGAUGAGAUGGGUGGUGAUGAGACUCAUGAAAGCACGGAGCAACCCCAGGUUCCCCAAGAAGAAAACGUGAGACAACCACGACCAACGGUGAGACAAAGCCGAAGCUACAUAGACCCUUCAUAUCAAUCUCCUACUAUCCAUAUUACCGAGGCGACAAUGGAUGGGUAUUUCGACACAGGCAGCUCACCAAGUGAAGCUUCACCGCCAGAAGAAAGCCCACGCCGUAACUCUAUCGGCAGAGCUCUAGGAUUGAUCCCAUUCACUAGGGCUCAUAAGCGUAGUAGAUCUGAUAGUAGCUCACGAGCAAGUAGCUCUCGGCCACCAUCGAGCUCAGCAUCCCCACAGCGACAAUCGGCUUUCUUAGCCAUACCACCUUCGACUCGAGACCGCAUAAACCAAGAUGCAGAGGCUCCGGAUAUACCUCGCUCAAUUCCUCGCUUUGAUCGUCCAGAACCAGAUACAGAAAAGCUACUGUGGAUUCACGUCCCUUAUACCCAUACCGGGUGGGUAUCCCAAGUGAUCCGGCGUGCAUGUGAAGAUCGCGAUGAACCGAAUUUUGUGAGAAAGUUUAUUAAUGAUGAGAAUUGGUACCUGAAUCUCAACAGGGCUCGCCACCUCGAGCCCCAUGCGCGAUUUGUGAGACCACAAUGCGUACAUUCCAGACAGAUGGAUAUCUCCCACGGAACUGAUUCUGAUGAAUCGGAGGAUCCUCAGCUUGCUUUAUAUUCUCCAUAUCUUCAUUGGGAUACAUAUCGAAACUUAAUUCAGCGACGAAAGGUGGUGGAAGACCGGCUUCGACAAGGGCGUUCCCGACCGGUGCCCAGUCGAAUUGCAAGGUCAAGUCUAGAAGCCCAACUCAUCUGGCAGUAUCUGGGCUGUGAACCACCAAUUCACUUUCGACGGACGCUAGAUCAAUUCGGAUACCCUAACCUUCGCUCUACAGUCGCUAGAGAUGAUGACCAAAUGCUCUGGAAACGAACUCGGAAGCCGGCUCGGCUUGACGCACAACUUCGAGCUUAUCUGGAAGCUGCAGAAGAAGAUGGAGAAGACACCGAGCCUACUGAGUUCAUGGAUGGCAAUGUGUUGAUGGUCGAUCAACUUUGGAUAUGGAUUGUUGACCGAAAGACUGUUGUCACAUUCUUUCCUAAUCAGGAGGCCACAACAUCCGAAGGCAAACUCUAUGAACAGUCGAAUCUUCAUAGCAGCAUUUAUAAUGAGCUAAAUGGGGAUCUCGCACGCCGAUUUGAGACGGCGGGUGAUCUUGCAGCUCUUAUAAUGUUGCACGCUACGACAGUUCUUCUCGAUAAGACUCUUCAUCACGACCUGCAGGUGCUGCGUAUCUUCGAAGAAUCCAUCAGUAUACUAACCGAAUCCGUCACAAAGUCUUUCAAGCGUUUCCGAAAUCGUGGCUUCACGAAUCGGCCAGCCGACCACGACAGAAAUCCAGAUGGUAGGAUAAUGACGGCAGGUCAGCGCGAUCAGCGAGACCGCCAAGUCGCACGGCGAAACCGAGACGAUUUAUCUGUUCUUCUUGAGCUCCGGGAUAUUGAGGAUGAACUUUCGACCAUCUUGAGGCUUCUCGAACAGCAAGACUCGGUGAUAAAAAGCAUGAAAAGGUAUUUCAACCGCAAAACCUACGGCAAGGUAUUCUUGGACAUGGCGCAGUCUAGGAUCGAUGAAUAUCGCACCCAGAUUGAAGAUAUGAAGUCAAAUAGUCAUACCGCGCAAAAGGCUGUGGAAACUCUCCUUGAUCUCAAGCAAAAACAGGCAAACGUGGACGAGGCUAAGAUGGCCCGGUGGCAGGCUGAGGUAACUCAGAACCAGUCGAGAUCCGUUAUGGUGUUUACCAUCUUCACUGUCAUAUUUCUUCCACUGUCUUUUUUUACAUCUUUGUUUGGUAUAAACGCCCGUGAAUGGAGUGGUGAAGCUACCAAUCUCACAUUGGCAACAAUGCUGGAGAUAGCUGCACCCGCAUCCCUUGCUAUAAUCGGCUUGUCUCUUCUCAUGGCGUUCAGUGAGAAACUGCGUGGAGCGGUAAGAAAGUUCCAUAAAAUAGGCUCGGGUCUAUUAAAGGACUUCUUGGUGCUGCCUACAAAGUCUUUCCUCCAUUGGCAAUCCUUUAAGAGCAAAGUACCCACCGUGGCAGUCUCUGACGACUCGACCAUGCGGGAGAGAUUCGAUCGAUAUAUGGGCUAUGAGCGUCACAGGGUGAAGUUUGACGAGGACUUUUGGCAGCGACGCCAGAAAAAUGACAUUCCUCUUGCUAUGUUGCAGCAACACACCCGGGGGGUAGGAGGCUCUAACGAGCCUGAUAUUAUGCUUUCUGCUCUUGCUGAAAAGGCAAGGCGGAAGAAAGAGGGUGUCUGA